GCUGUAGUGGGGAACGAAAUUCCUUGAAGUUUAGAUGUUACUACGUAGCUUUCAUUCGUUUAGUGAAUAAAGUUCCUCUAUGGUUGGCGUCAACAAAACGAAAAAAUAAAUAACUUCCUGUAUCGUAGUUCAACUUUUACUGAUUUUUAAAAGUGCAGUGCUUAUGAAUUUAUGUACAGCAAUUUAGUACAUCAUAAUAAACCUGCUCAAUAUUAACCAAAAAGAUUAAUACAUAGAGCUCAAAAGCCCUCAGUUUAAAAAAGACAAUCAUGGACUUUACUAAAAAGCUCUGUGCAAUAGAACGAAGAAAAGGGGAUUUUAUUAUUUACCCCACAAAAUAUAUUUAUUUUAAACAUGUUAAAAAAGGUUUUGUUCCUAUUGCCGAUUCUACCGGACCAUUCGAACAGUUGUUUGCUAUGAACGAAAAUUUAAAACCGAUGCCCAUCGAACGGAUAAUACAAUGUAGUGAUAACGUCAUUGAAUUGAAGCAAUCUUUAAAAAAAACAAAUAAACGCAUAAAACUGAGGAAAAAUUUGUCAAUUGCUAGGAAUACUGUUGAAACAGAAACUGAAAAGAAAAAAAGAUUAUUACUUUUAGAAAAACAACAAGCUGCUGAAAAUCGAAAAAAAUUGACUAAUGCCACAAAUCAAGUUAUUGUAAAUGCAGAUAGUCAUUUCUACAAUUAUGUAAAGAAGUCACAUCGUAAUACAAGAAGUAGAAAUGAAAAAAAUAAUGAGGUACCUGACAAAGAAAUCAAUAAAGAGCCAAAUAUAAUUAUAGACGAGCAUUCCCAAAAUUUUCUUGGAGAUACAUCAAGUGUGGGAUCUGAUUGUAACAGCAUUUCAAGCCGUGAAGAAAGUGAAGAUGGUUCGGAACAAAUAUUAGAUAAUACAUUGCGGAUAUCACAGGAAAAUUUCACACCUUCUCGUGCAUCCACACCAGUAUCUCAAGUCAACUCUCCUAAGAAUCAGCAAGAUUUGAAUAAUAAUGAUAAUAAUAUUAUCAGUGAAGAUCAUUCAAGAGAUGUAAUCGAAAAUUCAGAUGUAGAGGUACACGAUUUAAAUCAACAACGAGUAGAGCAGCAACCAAGACAACUUUUUUUUGAAAAUUUGUGGCCAGAAAACAAUCAUCUUCAAUCAAAUAAUGGAAAUACUUUUAUUAACAUAAAUCUAGUGGACUUGAAGCAAUGUAUGAAAGAAUUUGGAGAACAUUUAAUGACCAAUCUGAUUAAUCAUCAGAAAAAUAAUGAUCAUGAAGCUCGAAAUGCCGAAUUCGAGUUACCUCCGGUGCAAAAUAACAAGAUCAAAGUUUCAGGAUUCGAACUGGAUUCAGAUGAAAUUUUUAAAGCGAAAGAUGCGAUCAGUAUGAGAACGUGCGCAAAUCACGUUAUUAGGGCGUAUUGGCCACUUGAGACAAGGAAAAAAUUAGUUCUUUCUAAAAGAGCAGGGCAGCCAGAUGAUCGUGUCCAAGUAGAAAAUAAAGAUAUCCACAAUUUGAAAAAAAUUUGCAAGAUACUGCAAAGAAAUCGAACGUUUGAUAUAACUAAAAAAGAAAACAAGCUGAGUAAUAUGAAAAUAUGGAUUGAAGAAAUUUUAAAGAAUGACAGAAGACCACAAAAAACAGCAGAAGAAUUGAACAGAAUUAAACAGAAAGCGAAAUUACGGCGCCAAGAAAAAAAAAGACUAGAACGCGAACGACGUGACCAAGAGGGUGGUACAACGACAUAAAAUUUCAAAAAGUCCUGUGUUAGUUAUCAAAACAGUUUUUUCUGAAGGAUGAAAUUGUGUGAUAACAUGUUUAUUUUAUUUUUUUUAAGAUUUAUUCAUAUAAGUGUUUUCCAUGGGCACAUGAAAAAAUUCUAGCUCUAUUCCAGGCUUAGUAUGGCAGUGGCACAAACAAUAUUAAAAUUUAUAAACUAAAAUAAUUAUACAUUUGAUUUUUUCACUGACGAUUUUUGAUUUUACUUUUCGUUUUUUUUGAUAGAGCUAGAUAAUUUUCGAAUGUACCCUAUUUAAAUAACGUAUUAACGUUAAGAGUUUAGAGUUUAAACUAUACAUUAUUUAUACUUCAGUACAGGUGUGAAAAUCAUACAUCGGUUAUUACGAAAUAAAGUAAUCUAUAAAAUACUUAAAUAAGUAUUGUGUUAGUUAUCAAAACAGUUUGUUCUUACAGACGAAAUUGUAUGUCAACAUUCAUUUUUUUUUAUAUUUAAAAAUGAUUAAUUUCCAUCUUUCUAUGGGCACAUGAGAAAAUUCAAGCUCUACGCCAGGCUUAGUAUGGAAGUGGCAAUAAAAAUAUUAAAAUGUUAAAACAAAAAUAAGUUUUUUGUUCGAUUUUUUCUUUUGAAAUUUCUUUUUUUUUUUUUUAUUAAUUGAACUUUUUUUAUUCUUUUAUUUUGCUGGAGCUAGAUACUUUUCAAAUGUACCCUAUUUGAAUAACGUAUUAACGUAAAAAAUUUAAAGUUUAAACUAUACAUCAUUUAUAUUUCAGUAUAGUGAUUAUAUAUAAGUUUAAAAAUGAUACAUAAAUUAUAACCAGAUAAUAUAAUUUUUACAAACUUUUCUGUA